UUUAUUCAAGUUUUGGGAGGCAAAAGAGCACAGCUUCCAGCACUGAAAACAACACUCCACUCAUCUGUGUAGAGAAGCACAGCAAGCUACCUCACCCACCUGAAGUCAUCUGAGAGGAGAGAGAGAGAGAGAGAGAGAGAGAGAGAGAGAGAGACAACACCUCCCAUCCUGGUUGGAACCCAGUCCAUAGCUCUGCUCUGGACCAUGGUCCGUCAUACCACCUGUAUCAUGAGCAUCCCUUCCACUGCCAGCAUUGAGAGCCAGCUGCCCACAACAUGGAGCUCCUACCCCUGCUCAGACAUUUCCACAGUGAUGCCUGGUUACACCAGUCGCCUGUGGUCCCAGGACUCCCAGCCUCAGUAUUGGUCGAAGUAUCAGGUGUGGGAGUGGCUGCAGCAGAUGCUGGAUAUGCACCAGAUCGACGCUGCCAGCAUCCCCUUCCAGAACUUUGACGUGGACGGACGUCAGCUGUGCAGCAUGACCUAUCAGGACUUCACCCGUGCUGCGGGCACCGUGGGGCCUAUCCUCUACCACAGCCUCACCGAGCUCAAAUGGAGCGGUCAGUAUCCUGGUGUGGAGUUUUCACCACUGGACGUUAUCAAAUCAGAGCCAGAUGUAGAUUUCCCUUGCCCAUUCACAGAACCUAGCAUCUAUCCUGCAGAUAUUUACGAUCCCUCGUUUCAAUCCCUCGCACCUGUGACCUCGCCCACUCCCUCCAGUCCAGACACAAAGAGAUCUCACAGUCGCCCUCAUCAGGUCAAAAAACACAACCCCCGGGGGACACACCUGUGGGAGUUCAUUAGGGACAUUCUGCUGAACCCGGAGCGGAACCCAGGCCUGAUCAAGUGGGAGGAUCGGACAGAUGGCGUGUUCCGCUUCCUCAAGUCAGAGGCUGUGGCUCAGCUGUGGGGCAAGAAGAAGAACAAUAGCAGCAUGACCUACGAGAAGCUCAGCCGAGCUAUGAGAUAUUACUACAAACGGGAAAUCCUGGAACGUGUAGAUGGACGAAGGCUGGUCUACAAGUUUGGAAGGAAUGCACGAGGAUGGAGGGAGUCAGAGAAGUGAAAGAGGACACCUCUCCACCAUUUUGUGCCUUUUUUUAACCACCAUGUGAAGAUGUCUAUUUAUGUUAUUUUUUUGGAUUUUAAUAUGUCACUGUGAUGUUUUACUAUAUAUGUUUUUGGGAAUUUCUGUAUGAUAUAUUUACAUAUGGUUAAGAAAGACCCUAUUUUACAUUUGACUGCUUACAUUUUCCUGUUCAAAGAGUGAUGACUAUUUGCACUGAAAGCCAUUUUUGAUUGAACUGCAAAAAGCAUUGACAUACUGUAGAUGCAUUAUUUUAAAUACUUCCAGCUUGUUGUACACAUUUAAACUGUGUAAUGUUCUAUAACGAAGUAUGUUUGAUUGAUGUUAUGCAAGACAUCUCCUUUAGUAAAUAUGAAACUCUUGUCUUCUUUGCAUUUAUCCUCAUCAAAUUUGAUUUAGUUUUGAUUAGGUAACAUAUCUAACAAUAGAACCGCAAGUUCCCUAUUUAUGUGCAGGAUAAACAGAACACAAUGGCAGCUCAAGCUAUUAUGAUAGAGCUCAUUCAGAUGCAACAAUGUGACAUGUUGAAAUUAGAUUAUGUUCUGUGUGUGUGCUUCAAGAUCUGAUGCUGAGCAAUGUCUUCUCGUUUUGCCAUGUCAACUCGUCUUCACCCAUUUACUACACUAUGCUUUAAAAUGAAAUGUGUAAAUAUCAUAUAUGUAUUUUAAAUAAUAAAGGAUGUGUGUUUUUGAAA